AUUUGAAAGAAUAUUCAAGAAUAAAUUUAAAAAUACCUACAGAGAACACGUCAAGCAUAAUUAAAGAGAAAACCAAGUAAAGUUUGCAUUUAGCAAAGAGUAUCAAUUAUUGCGUCUUUCCACACAUUCGUCUACAAUUUCAUAUAAAAACAACGACAAUAAACGAUUGUAAUUUAGUUUUUCCACAAAACUUAAACCAAAAACACAAAAAAUAAUAUACAUACCACAAGCAGCUCAGCUAGUAUACAGGCAGACAUUUUGUAAAGUGCUAAGAAAAUUCAUAUAUUGUGUAAAAAGUUACAAGAAAGUGUUACAAAUAAAUUUGCAGUUUACUGAAAAAUAAUAAAAAAAAAAAGAAAUAAACAACAAUGGAUCAAAAUUUCCUUAAGAUUACCUAUCAUUUGGGUGCCAAGAAAAUGAAUGCCUACUUGAAAAUGCCUUCGCCCACUUACCAUGUCCUUAAGAAGGAAAUCGAAAUGUGUAUAUUCGAGGAACGCAAACAGCCACGUUGUGAAAUACGUACAUUCUGGAUAGACGAGGACCAUGAUGAAAUCGAAAUUAUCAAUCAAUGCGACUAUGAAAUUUUCAUGACCAAACGUUCAUUGCGUCAACACUUGCAAGUCGCCCCCAUUGGUGCAACUGCAGAGGAACAGCCGGAUGGUGCUCCUGCCGCCGCCGCCACUAAAGCCUCAGUAACAACAACAUCUACUGAGUCGGCUACCACCAAUCAAGCUACGGUACCACCAGCUGCUGGUUCUUAUGACUUUGCCGUACACGAGCAUGUCGAAUGUGAUGCUUGUCUUAUGGCCCCCAUUAUGGGUUUCCGCUACAAGUGCAUUCAGUGUCCCAACUAUGAUCUAUGUCAGAAUUGUGAAUCCAAACAUAUACACUCCGAACACAUGAUGGUACGCAUGCCAACUAACAAUUGCCCCAAUGUUAUUGAGGCCUAUGUUACGGGACGCACAUCGCGUCGUCAUGGCAAACGUUCCAAAACCUCUUGUCCAGUCGUUAAAAAUGGCCUGUCCGUGGUCAUUGAUGAUGAGCUGGAGACUGGCAAUGCUACCGGAACAGAAAGUGCUGAUCAGUCUUCGCCUGCUAAUGGCAAAGAACAACAACGUCAUCGUGGCCGUAAUCAUCAUCAUCGUCGUCAUCAUCGUAAUAAUUUCUUUUCACAUUUGUACGAAAUGAUGCAUGAUUUGGCUGAGGGUGGUGGUGCUGCCGCUGCUGCUCAUGCUAUGGGUGAAACCACGACCUCUACCAAAAGUAGCACUUCUACCACAGGUCCUCAAACGACCACAACUUCGACAACUGCAACUAAUGUGCCAGUUUUUGAAAAUGAAACAACAAACAAUAUUGCAGCCGCAGCUGCUGCUGCCGCCCAUAUGGCUGCCCAAAAAGCUCAUGAAACUGCUGUUAAAACUGCAGAAAUAGCUGCUAAAAUUGCUCAUGAAUCUGCUGUACAAGCAGCCAAGAAUGUUAACGAGAACACGGUUGGUGCUCCUUCAACCUCUGCUUCAGCUACCGCUGCAGCUACUGCUGAUGUUGGUGAAAAAGAAAAGGAAGCUACUAAAGAAAAGGUUGAUGCCACUACAUCGCCACGCGAUUUUGAACCUCAACCCAAUCCAGUUCCCGUCAUGCCCUCACCAUCUUUGGAAAGUCUUGCUCAGUUCUUAGAUCCUCAGUACAUGAAGACUGGCAUACAGAUUUUGAAUAACUUCAGCGAUAUGUUUGCCAAAAUGUUAGACCCCAUGGAUGUCGAUGGAGGUGAAAACCAGAUUUAUCCUAAUUUACGUAAAAACUCUACAACUUCUACCAAAUCGUCCGUUUCCUCCAACCCUAAUAGUUUGGGCAGCGACAAGAAAUCUGCUAGCGAAAAUUUAAUCGAAAAGGAACAACAAAAUCAAGAGCAAACUAUGGAAGCCAAACAGCCGGAAAGUGAUGCUUCGUCACAUGUUGAAAUUGAUGAUUUGGGCAGUGAUAGUGAAAAUGACAGUGUUUCUGAGUCGUUCAUUAAGUUAGAUGCUCCCAAAGAAGCCAAUAUCGGUACACCUUCUUCGUAUAAAUCGACUUCAGCUGCAGCCUCGGCUCAGACUACACCACCUCAGUCGUUGGAUAAAUCAAAGGUUAUGGAUUUUGCCCAACUAAGUGCAGAUUUGAAGGCUCAUAUUGCCGAAGAAGCUGCAAAUGAUUCAUCAUCGACCACUGUUGAAACUACUGUUACGGCUACUAAUGAUGCUGUUGAUAAUGCAAAUGGCUCUACAACAACUAUAACUUCUACCACUACUGCUAGCGAACCAGUAGUUACUACAUCCUCUACCACAACUUCGACUACUACAACUCCCGGCAAGCCUGAGGAGAAACGCGCUGUACCCGUUUAUCAUGUUGACCAACGCAUUAAUAAUGCUGUUCAUGCCAUGAUGUCUAUGGGCUUCAGCAACGAGGGUGCUUGGCUAACACAACUAUUGGAAAAUGUUAAUGGCAACAUAUCCGAAGCUUUGGAUCUUAUGUCUGUGGCUCAACGUGGUGGUAGCCGUUAAAAUUUUAUAUUUUAUUAUGUAUCUCUUUUUAUUAAUAUUAAGCUGGAGCGGUUUACCUCUCCUUUUUUCAAUGAAUUAUAACUUUAUAGUAGUAGUAUUUGCUUUUUUUUGUUUGUCCCAAGGGAAUCUUAUUUUAUGUAUAUGUAUUUUUCUUUUCGCUACUUUUUUGAAACAAUUAUUACCGAUACUAUAUAUAUUUAGUUUGUAGUCUUAUAUGAUAUAAUCAACCAUAUAUGUAUGUGUAUAAUUAUUUAUGUUUGAACACAAAAUAUGAAAUUGCUGUGGUGAACGAAUACCUAGCAUUCGAAGUCACUAACAAAAUAAACGCAUAUUAAUCGACAA